AUGGCAUUGAGAGCUGCUUUGAGGAACAAACGCGGCGCUUUAGGUGUGUAAAUACGUGUUAUAGCUGCUAUAUGUCGGAGUGUCUUUACAAAUGCAUGAAUCAACAUUUUUGAUAGUCUUUUUAACGCAGUUGCUGAGGUGAUCUUGCUGUUAGCUGUGUAAGCUCUGUGUUAAAUGCAGGAACUGGGACAAAGGUCGCAGGACACUUGCAGGGUCUCCCUGUGUUUGCCUGCUCUGUCAGUCUGUACCUAACACUGUGUCAGCUUCAACAACCAAAUAUUUAGAUUGUAGACUCAGUAAACUAGGACUCCAGCAAAAAGCCUCUUCUUCCUAUUCUAUUCUAUUCUAUUCUAUUCUAUUCUAUUCUAUUAUAAUCAAUUCUAUUCUAAUCUAUGUCUGUCUUUAAAACGAGCAGUUAGGGUUGAUGGAUCUAAGUUUCUGCUAUUUGUUGCUUUUCUUAAAAUGUCUCAGGAACAUGUCUUUUAAAUCCCAUAUCUAUGAUUCCUCUCAGAGCUAGUGUGAACACCACUCAUAAUCUUUCCCAUUUGACCAUGAAAACAUAACAGGUGUCAAUAAAAAUCAAAACUAGUUCACCAGCAUCAAAUUGAUGUGAAACAACAGAUCAACAUACUUGAUUGAUAUGUUAGUCUUAGUUUGUUCUACAGACCAGACCAUAACACUUUCUGUGUGUGUGUGUGUGUGUCUGUGUGUGCUCCUGUGUAGGUCUUCUGUCCCAGCUGUCCAGUGGUAGUCAUGGCCAGGUGCGUACAUCUCCUGCCUUCGUCACUCAGCGGAGAAACAACUCCUCCUCACCUCAGGUUAAAGUGGACUUUGACCAGAGCACAGGUAAAGAUUUCACCCUCAUAUCUUAAUUCUUCUGAAUCCCUCCUGUCACAUUUGGAACUGUGAUUUUUGCUGGGUUUUGAUAACAAACUCAAGGAUGUUGACGGAUCAGGAUAUCUUUACCUCUACAGGUGUGGCCGUGCUGCACAUGCAGAGUCCACCCGUCAACAGCCUCAGCUUAGAUUUCCUCACCGAGUUCUGCAUCAGCGUGGAGAAGCUGGAGAUGGAUAAAAGCUGCAGAGGCCUCAUUAUCACAUCGGUAUGGCCAAACUCUGUCCUUUACAUUGGCAGUCUUUCUGGAGGUGGAUAAGAAGUGUCUUUGUGUUUACAUUGCCAGGAAUUGUAAAGUUUGCUGAUGUGAUGAUUCAAUUUUCUUGAUUGUCUCUUCAACCCAGAGCCAGCCAAAGGUGUUCUCAGCCGGUCUGGACAUCAUGGAGAUGUAUGGAAAGAGUCCGGAGCGCUGUGGAGUGUUUUGGAAAGCAGUUCAGGAAAUGUGGCUGAAACUCUACAGCUCCAACAUGGUCACCAUUGCUGCAAUUAAUGUGCGUACAAACCAUCCUUAGUGGGCUGUUAUGUUUCAUGAAUGAUGCCUGAGGGAGGGAAAAAUCUGCACAUUUGCACUUAACUAGAGUGGUGUUUUGGUUGAGGUUUGUUUAUGGCUCCUCAGACCGCUGUGUAUUGCUAUUCUGCGGUUGUUUCUAAAGUUGGUUCAUCUAAAUUCAUCUCUAAAUUAAUUUUAUGCCACAAUAUCCCUUUAACUGUUUUGUUUUUGUGAAAUCCCGUAGAACACUGACAUUAAUAACUUUUGCAUCUGUCAUGCUUUUAUGUCUUAUAUAAUUCUUGGCAUGUUUGUCUCUUGUCUUUCAGGGUUCCAGUCCUGCAGGCGGCUGUCUGAUGGCUUUGACUUGUGACUACAGAAUAAUGGCAGACAACCCUCGUUUCAGCAUUGGCCUUAAUGAGACCCAGCUUGGCAUCGUAGCACCCUUCUGGUAAGGACUUCUCAGUCCGAGAACAGCCAGCGCAGUAGUGGUGAUGUACAGGAGUAAAAACUAAUGCUGCUGUCUGCAGGUUUAAGGACACCCUUGCCAAUACAGUGGGCCACAGAAUCACAGAGAUAGCCUUGGAGCUGGGGUUGCUCUACAACCCCACAGAGGCCCUGAAAAUUGGAAUGGUGGACCAGCUGGUCCCUGAAGACCAGGUCCUCACUACAGCCACACAGACCAUGAAGAAGUGGUUAGCUAUCCCAGGUAAAUUCAGACUACCUCAAGAUCUCCAAGUGAGAGGUUUACAUGACCACAAUUAGUUUUCAUUGACAUUCACUCUGAUUGAACAGAAUCUACUUGGCAUAUUUCUUUGUUUAUUGCUCAAAAUGAAAUAUUGACCAGUGGCGAUCCACUAAAUUCAGUCUUUGGAAUCACUAAUACAUCAUUUUUGUAUCUUUUCACUUCACAGACCAUGCAAGACAGAUCACCAAGUCCAUGAUGAGGAAGCCAACCAUCGAAAAGCUAGUUUCCAAAAGAGAGGCCGACAUUCAGAACUUUGUGGGCUUCAUCACCAAGGAGUCCAUUCAGAAGUCGCUCCGCAUGUAUAUUGAGAUGCUUAAAAAGAGAAAGGGCUAG